GUAUGGCCUCACAUGUGCAAAUUUUCUCCCCUCACACCCUUCAGUCAAGUGCCUUCUGUAGUGUGAAGAAACUGAAAGUCGAGCCGAGUUCCAACUGGGACAUGACUGGGUACGGCUCCCACGGCAAAGUGUACAGCCAGAGCAAGAACAUCCCACCUUCGCAGCCAGCCACCACAACCGUCAGCACCUCCUUGCCAAUCCCAAACCCCAGCCUCCCUUACGAGCAGACCAUCAUCUUCCCAGGAAGCACCGGGCACAUAGUCGUAACAUCAGCAAGUAGCACUUCUGUCACUGGGCAAGUCCUAGGUGGACCACAUAACCUAAUGCGUCGAAGCACUGUGAGCCUCCUUGAUACCUACCAAAAAUGUGGACUCAAGCGUAAGAGUGAGGAGAUUGAGAAUACAAGUAGUGUGCAGAUCAUCGAAGAGCAUCCACCCAUGAUUCAGAAUAAUGCCAGUGGGGCCACUGUAGCCACUGCCACCACAUCCACUGCCACCUCCAAAAACAGUGGCUCCAAUAGUGAAGGUGAUUAUCAGCUGGUGCAGCAUGAAGUGCUGUGCUCCAUGACCAACACCUAUGAGGUUUUGGAGUUCUUGGGCCGAGGGACAUUUGGGCAAGUGGUUAAGUGCUGGAAACGGGGUACCAAUGAAAUUGUGGCCAUCAAGAUCCUGAAGAACCAUCCUUCAUAUGCCCGGCAGGGUCAGAUAGAAGUGAGCAUCCUGGCCCGGCUGAGCACAGAGAGUGCUGAUGACUACAACUUUGUGCGGGCCUAUGAGUGCUUCCAGCACAAGAACCACACAUGUUUGGUCUUUGAGAUGUUGGAGCAGAACCUCUAUGACUUUCUCAAGCAGAACAAGUUUAGCCCCUUACCCCUCAAAUACAUUCGCCCAGUCCUCCAACAGGUAGCAACAGCCCUGAUGAAACUCAAAAGCCUGGGUCUUAUCCAUGCUGACCUCAAACCAGAGAAUAUCAUGCUGGUGGAUCCAUCCAGACAACCGUACAGAGUAAAGGUCAUCGACUUUGGCUCAGCUAGUCACGUGUCCAAGGCUGUGUGCUCCACCUACUUGCAGUCCCGGUAUUACAGGGCUCCCGAGAUCAUCCUGGGUUUACCAUUUUGUGAGGCAAUUGAUAUGUGGUCCCUGGGCUGUGUCAUUGCAGAGCUGUUCCUGGGCUGGCCGUUAUAUCCAGGAGCUUCAGAAUAUGAUCAGAUCCGGUAUAUUUCACAAACACAGGGUUUGCCAGCUGAAUAUUUAUUAAGUGCAGGGACAAAGACAACCAGGUUUUUCAACCGUGACACAGACUCACCAUAUCCUUUGUGGAGGCUGAAGACACCAGAUGACCAUGAAGCAGAGACUGGGAUUAAGUCAAAAGAAGCAAGAAAGUACAUUUUCAACUGUUUAGAUGAUAUGGCCCAGGUAAACAUGACAACAGAUUUGGAAGGAAGUGACAUGCUGGUGGAGAAGGCAGACCGGCGGGAGUUCAUCGACCUGUUGAAGAAGAUGCUGACCAUAGAUGCUGAUAAGAGAAUCACUCCGAUUGAAACCCUGAAUCACCCUUUUGUCACCAUGACACACUUGCUCGAUUUUCCCCACAGUACACAUGUCAAAUCAUGUUUCCAAAACAUGGAGAUCUGCAAGCGGCGAGUGAAUAUGUACGACACAGUGAACCAGAGCAAAACCCCUUUCAUCACACACGUGGCCCCCAGUACAUCUACCAACCUGACCAUGACCUUUAACAACCAGCUGACUACUGUCCACAACCAGGCUCCCACCUCCACCAGUGCCACUAUUUCCUUAGCCAAUCCUGAGGUCUCCAUACUAAACUACCAAUCUACACUCUACCAGCCCUCAGCGGCAUCCAUGGCUGCAGUGGCCCAGCGGAGCAUGCCCCUGCAGACGGGAACAGCCCAGAUUUGUGCCCGACCUGACCCCUUCCAGCAAGCGCUCAUCGUGUGUCCCCCUGGCUUCCAAGGCUUACAGGCCUCUCCCUCCAAGCAUGCUGGCUACUCAGUGCGCAUGGAAAAUGCCGUUCCCAUCGUCACUCAAGCCCCAGGAGCUCAGCCUCUUCAGAUCCAGCCAGGUCUGCUUGCUCAGCAGGCCUGGCCAAGUGGCACCCAGCAGAUCCUGCUCCCUCCAGCAUGGCAGCAGCUAACCGGAGUGGCCACGCACACAUCCGUGCAGCAUGCAGCUGUGAUUCCUGAGACCAUGGCAGGCACCCAGCAGCUGGCCGACUGGAGAAACACACAUGCUCACGGCAGCCAUUACAAUCCCAUCAUGCAGCAGCCCGCCCUAUUGACCGGUCAUGUGACCCUUCCCGCUGCCCAGCCCUUAAAUGUGGGUGUGGCCCAUGUGAUGCGGCAGCAGCCAACCAGCACCACCUCCUCUAGGAAGAGUAAACAGCACCAGUCCUCUGUGAGAAACGUCUCCACCUGUGAAGUGUCAUCUUCACAGGCCCUCAGUUCCCCGCAGCGAUCCAAACGUGUCAAGGAGAACACCCCCCCACGCUGUGCCAUGGUGCACAGCAGCCCGGCCUGCAGUGCCUCUGUCACCUGCGGGUGGGGUGACAUGGCCUCCAGCACCACCCGGGAGCGGCAGCGGCAGACGAUUGUCAUCCCCGACACCCCCAGCCCUACAGUCAGUGUCAUCACUAUCAGCAGUGACACGGAUGAGGAGGAGGAGCAGAAACACGCCCCCACCAGCACUGUCUCCAAGCAAAGGAAAAAUGUCAUCAGCUGUGUCACAGUCCACGACUCUCCGUACUCCGACUCCUCCAGCAACACCAGCCCUUACUCUGUGCAGCAGCGCACUGGGCACACCACUACCAACACCUUUGACACCAAAGGGGGGCUGGAGAAUCAUGGCAACCCCCGAACCAUCAUCGUGCCCCCACUGAAAACCCAGGCCAGUGAAGUACUGGUGGAAUGUGACAGCCUGGGGCCAGUCAACACCAGUCACCACUCCUCCUCCUACAAGUCCAAGUCCUCCAGCAAUGUGACUUCCACCAGCGGUCACUCUUCAGGGAGCUCAUCAGGAGCCAUUGCCUACCGGCAGCAGCGGCCAGGUGCCCAUUUCCAGCAGCAGCAGCCCCUCAACCUCAGCCAGGCUCAACAGCACAUGGCCGCAGACCGCACUGGGAGCCACCGACGGCAGCAGGCCUACAUCACUCCCACCAUGGCCCAGGCCCCAUAUUCCUUCCCGCACAACAGCCCCAGCCAUGGCACCGUCCACCCCCACCUGGCCGCCGCCGCUGCCCACCUCCCCACACAGCCGCACCUCUACACCUACACAGCGCCCACCGCUCUGGGCUCCACCGGCACCGUGGCUCACCUGGUGGCCUCCCAAGGCUCGGCGCGCCACACUGUGCAGCACACUGCCUACCCGGCCAGCAUCGUCCACCAGGUCCCCGUGAGCAUGGGCCCUCGGGUGCUGCCCUCACCCACCAUCCACCCAAGUCAGUAUCCAGCCCAGUUUGCCCACCAGACCUACAUCAGCGCCUCGCCAGCCUCCACCGUCUACACUGGAUACCCACUGAGCCCCGCCAAGGUCAACCAGUACCCUUACAUAUAAACACUGGAGGGGGCAGGGAGGGAGGAGGAGGCACCAGCCACCCCAGGAGCUGCCUCACACUGAAGGUGCCACACACAAGCAAUGCAAAUGGGGUGGGUGGGAAGGGCAGGUACAGGGCUCAGAGAAACUUGAACCAGGAAGUGGGAGGACUUAGAACAGAGAAGAGAACGUUUUGAAAGGAAGGGAUUGAGGAGGGGGGAAAAAAAUCUAUGCUUUUUAUUUUAAAGAAAAAGGAAAAAAAAUUAAAACAUCAGUAACAGAAAAACACAGCUCAUGAACCCAUUCCACACCAAACUGGAAAGGAGGAGAAGAGAGCCACAGGAAGAUCCCAGGAGCGAGGGGCCCCAGUUUUUGAAGAACUUUAUCUAUGAACUUUUCAAAGAUUAUUUUCAUAUGGCAGCAAGUGACAUUGAAGAAUUUGCUGUCAGGGACACCUGAUGGGGAGUCCAAUAGAUUUUUAAUGAAUUUAAUAGGAGAAUUAGGGAUUUUUCCAGAACUCUAAAGGGCCAACACCAUUCCAGGGUAUCAGGCCAUGGUUGAAAUCAGGCUGAUGCACGGGGUUUGGUCUGGGGGACCCAAUUCUGGUGCAUUUGUCAGGAGUAGCGGGGAACAGCCAAACUAAUGGGGAACCCCCUGGGAGGGGGGCUGGUUUUCUCUUUCCGAGCACUCUGGAGAAAUCCCUAAGCAAUGUUAUUCCUCAGAUGUCAUUAAUAAUGUGUGUUGCAAACUUUAGUCCCCGCCCCCGAAGAUUUUCUCUUCGAAUCAACCCCUAGUCACAUAGCGUAGGGCUAGUGGUCGUCAAUGACACCCUAGUAGAAUGUAGCACUCGCGCCCUUGUUUUCUACCUUGUGUUCAACUCCAGUGAUACCAAUAGACUAUUCCUAUGUAAUUGCACAAAAAAAUGGGAUAGCAUAGGCAUGUAACCAAUGUGGUGGUCCAGGUGAGCAAGCGAGCGAGCACGUGUGGGUGUGAGCGCGGGUGCCGCCUCCCCUGUGUCCCUUGGCACCGCCGUCACAGCCCUCAGUCUUGAUUUUACACCAUUCCCUCCUAGUGCCUUACCGAACGACAGACAGACGCGUGUGAGGGUUUACUUCCACUGGUUCACAGCAGCGGCUGCACUUGUCAGCGGCUGCCUCACUCUUCUGUUGCGCUGUGGUAACAUUUUACUCGAGUCUUUCCUUUUUUUGUUGGAUUUUCAGUUCUUUGGUUUUUGGUUUGGUUUUUUCUCCUUGUUUCAUGCUGUUGUCUUUCUUGCGCUCUUUGCAAGCAGGAUGUCAGGGAAGCCGGCAGGACCGUGAGAAUUCAAGGAUCUUGAGAGUUAUGUGGGAGCCAGAUGACAAUGAGCAUCUCUGAUGACAGAGAUGGUUUUUGUUGAGUUUCCUUUGGGGCAGAGAUGCCCCACCCUUCACCCUCGCCCACCCAUUCCCCAGCUCUGCCAUGUGUGGGACCUAAAGUUUAGGGAUAUUGGCUUUGCCAGGCAGUGGCUUCUGGCCCAGCACAGCUUCCUAUGGCCAUCUGUGGAGAGGCUUGGAGGCCAGGUGUCUGACCCCAGGGCCACCUGUCCCUCCCUUCCAUAAGAAGCCUAGUAUUCUCAGAACCAUGCCACACUUUUUCUCCCACCAGCACUGCAGAGAGGGGCCUUUUCUGAAGAGAACCACCGAUCUGUUCCUGUUGAAUUCCUCCCUCACGUUGCCCAGAUCUGCCCAAGACAGUUUAGGCUUUGGUAUUUGAAGGGUCUUGUAGGCAGAAGACUGGAGGGAAGCUGGUAAGGGUGACCAGGGCUUCUCCACUGCACUUGGGAAAAUGCUCACAGAUAGUGAAAUCGCCAAGUCAGCCCUGUGCCCACUUCAUUCUUCUGACACCUCUGAAAGUUUUCUCAGGCUUUGAACACUGCAGGCAGUGGGGCAGGUGGGGAGUAGUUCCUGCCACUCAAGUGUGGACAACUCUGAAGCUGGGGGGCACUAGAGAAGCUCUGUGGGCAGGGAUGGGCUUCAAAGGAUGGCUCUGAUUGGCCCUGACACGGAGUCCUAACCCACCUCUCAGUCAAGUUCCCAGUGCACAGAGAUCUUCCAACCAGCCGCCUGUCCUCUUCCUCCCUUCCUUCACCUCCUCCCCAUGAGUGAUCUACUGUGAAAGGGUUUUCGCAGCGAUGUCAAUUGCCUCCAUUAGCGAAGCUAUGACUUAGCUCUUAGCUGUGAAAGAACUCUGGAAACUUCCCCACCCCAACAAUAAAUCUUUACUUUAUAAAGAAACAAGUCCCCAAAAACUGGAAGUGGCUUAGGGCAGGCCUUGGGCCAAAAGGAAGGACAGCACGACCUGCAAAAAGCUGGGCACACUGUGGUGGGACCGCAGGGACACAGAGACAGAGUAGUGACAUCCUGCAGCAGGGAGUCACUCUCCUCACCAUGAUCAGUACCAGCAUCAGCUGGAGGUGUGGCGGUGCCUGGCCCGAGACUGGGAAGCUGGGUGGUUCAGAGAGAAUGAGGGAGCCCUCCCUAAGCCACGCCAGCCUGGAAGACUUGUCUGCCACAGACCUUUGGGCAGCCAGGUGGCAGCAGUGUUCCCUGGCAUCUCACUGAGUCGCAGCAUCGGCUCAGCAGCCUCACUUUGCCAUCCUGGGCAGCACGCUGGCCUGCAGAACAGUGCAGUUCCAGCCUCUAUAGAUCUGUUCUCUUAGGGGAAAGAUGACCUAAAAGUUCUCAUUUCCUUUUGUCUCUAAGUGGAAGCUUCUUAACUCGUUCUCCUGAAAUUUUCUUUCCUUUUCUCCUCCCAGACAGGAAUAAAAGUUCCGUGCUGCUCAGAAUGUUAAUAUUAUCAUGCUGAUUACUUUAUUCUUGUCAUUGCCAUUGUAAUUAUUACUAUCUUCAUCCUGUUGCUAUUUUAGUCAGGGUUUUAAAUGCACUUAUUCCAAGCAUCUUUGUGUUUCCCUUUAAUAUUUGAACUUACAAUAUUAUGUCUGAGUAGACUGGAGGGACACACAGAUGUCCAAUUUUGUCAAACAAAGAGGAAAGACCCAGGAUUUAGGAAAAUUAUUCCUGUCAUCUCUAUUCUACAAAUGGCCAUCAUGAAAGACUCACCAUAAAACAAAGUCAUGACCUUUCUCUGCAGUCCAGCCUGGGGUCUGGGCAAUAUCACUAUCAGUGUAUGUCCCUAGAUUUCCAGGGACUUAGAGCCUGAGGAGGCAGCUUGUGGGUUUGGGGCUGCUGGUGCACCCCUUAGACUAUUGAAUCCUUACACAGCACCUCUCCCAAUGCUCUCCUGUGCAUCUGAAAUCUGAUGAUCACGCUCAGCUUUCCUUGCAUCUGAUACAUGAGCCACAAAAGCCCUUCUCUUCCCAGAGCUGACCCAACCCCUUUGCAAAACAUUCCCCUUUUCCCAGAGUAUGGCUUGUGCCCCUCCUCGAAGCCACUGGUCACGGGAAGCUGGAGUAAGAGUGAUGGGCACCAGUACCUCCCCAGGAUGUUUCAGCCCCACUCCCCUCCAUGUACCCUCCCCACUCCCCAUAGAAACACAUCCAGCAUGCAGUUCACUGAGCCAGAAAGGGGUGUCGGAGUAAGGAGGAAGCGGAGAGCCUUCUGCAAGGUCCAGCAGCCGCCCAGAUUAUGCAUGCCACACCCCCUCUUCAUUGGCAAAUAGCCACAGCAGGGCCAUGUGGCCAGCCCCUCAGGUUCUGAUGGUCCCUUGGUACCCACACUGUGGGUGAUGGAUGUCUAUGGGCUGCCUACCAAGCCCAGAGACUAUCAGCCUAUGUGAAGAAAGAUUUGACAUGGGCAGCUUCUGUGAGCAGAAAUGAGUUGUUGGGCAGUGGCCAUUUGCCAGAUGUUUGUGCCCACCCCAGCCCUCGCUUCACACCCUCUUCUAAUCCUGAGCAGAGCUGUCAUGUCAGAAGCCACACAAGAUCCCAGUGUGCUCAUUCACACCCUUGCCCAGAUCCCCACCAGGUGCUCAGCACUGGGUCCCCUCGCCGAAGCUGCCUUCCCUGGACCAAGCUCUCAGUGGAGAGACAACUGCCUCCCUAUUCAGACCCCAAGUCCCCCAGCACAUCUCUAGUCUUGGAUGGGUUCUAUCCUUCCUCAGGGAAGAAAAUGGUCCUGAGCAAGGAGAAGUUGGCAAGGACAGGUCGGGGAGAGGCAUCUGGUUGGAGCCUUAUGAAGCUGAAGUCAACUUGCUUCUGUGUGCUGGUUCUCACUGACAUGUCUGGGCAUUGGCACCCAUGUCUCUGCUUAGUUUGGGACAUUUCUAAGGGAAAGGGGUGAGCAGGCUAUGAUGGGUGAGUCCAGUGUCAAUGCCAGUUAGCACUGUGGGGCACAGCGAGUGGUCGGCAAAUUCAAAGGAGGAAGGAGGCUGGAGCGAACGGCCAUUUCCGUUUGCCUCCUGGGCUGCAUGGACUUGUCAUGCCUCCUUGGUGGCUGGGUCUCUGUGGGGUGUGGAAGCUAGCUGAGCUGUGCUCCCAUCCUGGAGCACCCAGCCUGCCCAAAUGCCACUGUGUCGGACAGAAGGUUGGAAAGGGGAGCUGGGCGCACCUGAUGGGAUGAUGUCCCUUGACUCAGUCUCAGGAGUUGCAGACACUCAUUUUGAAACAAGCUCGAGGAGGAGGAAUUGGGUCACGUGAGUGUGUGUUGAGUGAGGAGUGCAAACGUUCUUGGAAACCAGAGCGUGGAGACGAGGAGGCUUCAGGAAGUGUUGCUGUUGUUCACAGUUGCUAGAAGGACACAGGUCCCCACCAUUGUCUGGCCAAGGGCAAGUAAAAUAGGGGACAGCUGCUCCAGCUGGCCUGCCAAAGAACCACUAGGACAGAAAACAGAAGAAAAUAGCUCAGUGCCCUCAACUAGCAGAGAAAGCUCUUACAGAGAGCCAAAGGUUUAUUGGCAGGCCCGGCCUGGCUAGCAGGAGCUGUUUGCCACAACACAUUCCAGCCCUGGGACACACAGGCUUCUUUUCCCAUUUGUGUCUUCUAUCUGGUAUUGGACAGAUUUUUAAAGGGAAAACCUCAAAAUUGAGCAGGUCAGUGAUGUCCUCACCAAAUUGGAAAGGGAAGCAAAACUGUUCCUUUCUAUAGCCAAAGAAACCUUCUCAAAGACACCUUUAGAGAUGAGAACAUGACAUCCCUCUUGCUCCUUUCUGGGCAGUAAUGACAUCAUCAGUGACACAGUUCCAUUUGUCUUUCUCUUUCCUUUCUGCCCUUUUUUAAAAAUUUUUUUGUUACAUUUAUUUUAAAACACUCAUCUUGGAGAGGAGGAGGAGUGACCCUACAUGCUGCUGCUAUGUGGAAGACAGAGGUCCCACACCGUCACACAUGACUGCAGCAAACAGACUGGCUCAGGUGAC